AUGGCGAGUCUGGAGAAAUUCGAAGCCAUAUUCGGAGAAGUCGUACCGGAACGUUCGGAGCCGGGUUCGGGUAUACUCCGGCGAUAUCUGUUCCACGUCUACGCUUCCGAUUCGUUUCACCUCACCGUCGAUGUGACGGACUUCGUCUCAGGCGUCUGGACCACGAUCCUCUCCAUCUCGCAGCUAGACGAUAUGAGGGAUACUGUUGGGAUUGGUGGAUCAUGGUCUGAGUUCCUCGAUUACACAGUCGCUUCCUUGAAAUCCGACUAUGUGAAGCUUCUCCUCGGAGAUAAUACAGCUUCAAAUGCUGUUGUUGAGACUGCGCGGUUAGUUUCUCAGAAGGCCAAAGGAAUGCCACGUGUAAUCAUUCCACUUACAAAGAUGGUAGAUUCAUCUGCUAAUGAGGCAAUGGCAAAUCUUUCUCUCGAGCUGUUCAGAGCUUUCAAGAGCAAGCGGCACUUGCAAGGAGAAGUGAGCUCUCCAGCUGCAGCAGCUGACGAAAAGGAUAAGAGAGACUCUGCCAAUAACCAACUGGAACGACACUCCUCUGGAAAACUAGAUGUUAUGGCUCCAGCUACAGAUAACCGGCUAGACUCUCCCGCCAAGCAAGCUAAUACAACAAAACCUGCUAAACGAGUACCUGCUCACCGGAGAGCCCGUAAACGGGGGGCUCUUCUGCAGGAUUCAGAAGAGGAGGAUGGCUAA